UGAGUGCUGGCUGCACUUUUUCUACCACUGCCUCUAAAACUGUGACAGUUGCCGGUCAAGUCAGCUGUUCAAAGUUGACUGCCAAAAAAAAAAUUUACUCUAAACUUUAUGCCAUAAUCAAAAAAGUUAUAAAUAUUUAAUAAAAACACAAGUUAUAUUUUAAAAUAUUAAUUUUAUACUAAAAAUAAUUACUUAAUUCCAUCAUGAUAACCUUCCGUCAUUUACUACCAUUGGUUUGUCCUCAUCGAUGGCCUCGAGCAUCUGCAAUCCAAUCAUCCCGAAACUUUUGGUCAAAAAAAUCAACCAACAACACAGGAGACGAAACAAAAAAUAAAAACAAAAAUAAACCACAACUUCCUGCAAUAAGAAAUCCAUUUGAUUCUGCUCAAGACAAAACCAAAGAAGCUUAUUUAGACAUGAUAACAAUUUUCGAAGAUCGCAGUGUUCAUCGCCGUAACCAUGUCGAAUUUAUUUAUGCUGCUUUGAAAAGCAUGACAGAAUUCGGAGUCGAACGCGACAUUGAAGUCUAUAAAGCACUAAUCAAUGUGAUGCCAAAAGGUAAAUUUAUUCCGACAAACACUUUUCAGGCUGAAUUUAUGCACUAUCCUAAACAGCAGCAAUGUAUUAUUGAUUUGUUGGAACAAAUGGAAGAUCUCGGCGUUAUGCCGGAUUAUGAAAUGGAAGCAAUGCUUUUGAAUGUAUUCGGAAGACGUGGUCAUCCGGUAAGAAAGUAUUGGCGCAUGAUGUAUUGGAUGCCAAAGUUUAAAAAUGCAUCUCCAUGGCCUUUGCCAAAUCCGGUGCCUAACGAGGCUCUGGAAUUGGCUAAAAUGGCUAUCGAACGAAUGUGUACAGUGGAUUUGUUGUCACAAGUUGAUAUAUUAGAUACAAAAGAUGUUAAAGAUGCUGUCGAUCAGACUUGGAUUGUGAGUGGAAUGAGUACGGAACAGUCUCAACUUUUGCGAGAACACAACAAGUCGAAGGCAGUUUAUAUAGAAGGACCGUUUCUGAUAUGGUUACGAAAUAAAUCAAUCAAUUAUUUUACACUUAGGGCAGACCCCGAUAAGGAAUUACUUAAAACUUUUAAUGUUUAUCAGGAUCCUGAUGAUGUUUCAAAGUUAGAAGUUCCAUUUUUUGGCAAACCUAUUGUAGAAUCACGAAUAGCGAAAAAACCUUCAGUGCAUCAACAAAACGAUGGAACAAUAUUUGCAAUUUGUGCAACUGGAACAUCAACAAAAGAUUCACUUUUAUCAUGGGUCCGUUUGUUGGAAGCUAAUGGCAAUCCCGUUCUUGGGGAAAUACCAAUUUUAUUUAAAUUUAGGACAGUUGUUGACUCAAAUAUUGUACCUGUGGCGGGGGUACCAACAAAAACUCAUAAAAUAAGUUAAUUGAAAUGUUUUUACUGACGAUAAAAACGCGAGUUGUUAAGCAUAUAUUUUUUUUAGUAAAAUAAAUAAAUUGUUGUAUUUAUUAUUUUCAAAAAAUGUUAAA